UCCAUUUUCUGGAGACUUUUACGGCCGUUUGAAGUGAAACGGCUCCGGGCGAGAGGGAAGCAGACAAUGAGUGGCAAUAGAUGGGCCGCCGCGACCUCAGGCUUUCCGUAGCGGGGGAUCCUGAGGGCCCUCCGAGUCGCUUGGCCUUGCGCUCUCUUACUUUUCAGUUGCCGUGCCAACCGCGAGGAUGAGCUCGGCCUGGUCCACCUCGUUCGAGAGGGAGCAUCUGUGGAUGUAUCUGCAGGCACUCGGCUUCGAGCCAGGCCCGGCGACCGUUGCCUGCGGAAAGAUCGUGUCGCACACGUACCUCGGAGUGAACAUGUUUGACAAGCUGAACCGUGACGCCUUUCAAAUAGUUUCUUAUUUUUUGUUUCAAACACUGGACCAGUCUCUCACCAAGGAAGUUUUCAAAUUUUGCUGGCCUCCGUUUGACCAAAAAAGUGAUACUGAAUUUCGGAAACAUUGCUGUGAAUGGUUAAAAAAGAUCUCUGCUGAAUGUGGAAGUAGCUUUCCUCAAGUUGUUGGUUCAUUAUUUCUUUCUCCUGGUGGUCCUAAGUUUAUUCAUCUGAUGUAUCACUUUGCAAGAUUUGUUGCGAUAAAAUAUAUUAAAACCAAUUCUAAAAAUUCUUCUCUACCUUUUACAGAGACAUUUAAUGUAAAGCCACAAGAUUUGCACAAAUGCAUUGCCAGAUGCCACGUAGCACGUAACAGAUUUUUACAAAUUUUGCAAAGAGAAGAUUUUGUUACCCAAAAAUAUCAGGAAAAUGCACAAUUGUCAGUUAAGCAAGUACGAAAUUUGAGAUCAGAAUGUAUCGGACUGCAAAACCAAAUAGAAAAAAUGGAACCCUAUGAUGACCAAAGUAAUAUACAAGAGAAAACUGAAAAGGUUCGGUCUUUGUGGGCUUCAGUGAAUGAAACACUCACGUUUUUGGAAAAAGAGAGAGAAGUUGUUAGUUCAGUCCUCAGUCUUGUUAACCAGUAUGCUUUAGAUGGAACUGAUGUUGUUAUUAAUAUUCCAAGGCUGUUACUUGACAAAAUUGAGAAACAGAUGUGUCAGUUGCACAUAGGAAAUGUUUAUGAGGCUGGAAAAUUGAACCUCUUAACAGUUAUUCAGUUAUUAAAUGAAGUCUUGAAAGUAAUGAAAUAUGAACGUUGUCAGGCUGACCAAGCAAGAUUGACAAUAGACCUUCACUACCUUGAAAAAGAGACCAAAUUUCAGAGGGAAAGAUUAUCAGAUCUGAAGCAUAUGAGGUAUAAAAUUAAAGAAGAUCUCACAACUAUAAGACAUUCUGUAGUUGAAAAGCAAGGAGAAUGGCAUAAAAAGUGGAAAGAAUUUCUUGGUCUCUCUCCUUUCAGUCUAAUUAAAGCCUCAACUCCAGCUGUGGAUCUUUUACCACCUAUGUCUCCCCUUUCAUUUGAUCCUGCCUCAGAAGAAAUAUAUGCAAGGAGUAUUUUUGUUCAGUAUCCUGCUUCACUUCCAGAUAUACCUAAUCAAUAUAACCAAGAAAAUGGUUGCAGAAGAGAUAAUGAUACCCUGGGAACUGUACAUGAUUUAGCCAACAGCCCUGCCUCUGUCCUGUUGCAACCAGCUUCAUCUUCAGAUAGAAACAGUGUUACACUACUUGAAAAGGACCUAGAAAUGAGAACUCCCAAAGAGAAAAACAAGACCAUUUCUAAGAAAAUAUCAGAAUUUGAAGCGGAAGACUCUCUAUCAUCAGAUAUUGCACAGAAUACAGAGAAUAGUACAUUUGGAGGGUCUCUACCAGCCAAAAAGAGUGAUCCAUUCCAAAAAGAGCAAGAUCAUCUGGUAGAAGAGGUUGCCAGGGCAGUUUUAUCUGAUUCACCACAGCUCUCUGAAGGAAAUGAAGUAAAAUUAGAGGAACUAAUUGACUCUCUGGUUUCUAAUCCCUUCUUAACAAGGAAACAAAUUCCCCGUACUCCAGAAAACUUGAUAACUGAAAUUAGGAGCUCAUGGAGAAAAGCUGUUGAAAUGGAAGAUAACAGGACAAAACCAAUUCAAGUGGAUACUGAAUGUAGAGAAGUAUUGCCAGAAUCCUUACCUGUGUUACAUAAUCAAAGAGAAUUUAGCAUGGCCAGUUUUCUCUCAGCAACCACUGAAUCAGAUUUUUGCCAGUCUCAUUUGCCUGAAGAGAAAGUUGUUUCAGAUUGCCUUAAGUGUGUGCCUCAGAAACAUGUGGUGACCAGUCACACAGGUGAACCACCAACACAAAGUCAGUCAGAUUUGCUAAAUAAGGAUAUAAUUUGCAAGCAAGAUUUGGAAUAUACAGCUUUACCAACCCAGCUUUUAGAACCUAGCCAAACAGAGACAUUCUUCCCUGCUGUAGGCAAUAGUAUAAACGUGGUGGGUAGCAGUGAAGAGUAUAUUAAAAUAUUGGACCACUCACAAGCUUCUCGUAAGGAGCCUUCCACACAUAAAACUAUGUUAUGGGACUCAUUUCAGAUAUCAAGUGGAAUUAGUUCUAAGAGUUUUAAGGAUAUUGAUUUUGGCAUAUUACACGAAACUCUUCCAGAAGUUGGUCACCUAAGUCUGAAUAGCUCCAGUAGUUCAGAGGCCAAUUUUAAACUGGAACCAAAUAGUCCUGUGCACAGUGGCAUUUUUCCAGAAGAUGUUGUGGGAGAAAGACAUAAUACUCCAGAAUCAGACUUCAAUUUAAAUGCUACUUACAGUAGGUAUGAGGCUCUGAAGAAAUCUCUUUCCAAGAAAAGGGAAGCAUCUUACAUCUCUAAUCUUGAAACACUUGAAAGACAUGAACCAGAAUUGAGCCCUACUCCCCAAAACAUGGAAACAGAUGAUAUGCUUAACUUUUUGGAUACAAAUGAUUUGCACAUUGACCAUACAAAAUCAUCUUUACGCACAUCCCUUGGAGAAAGAAAACGUUCUCUUUCACCCCUAAUUAAGUUUUCUCCAGUGGAGCAAAGAUUGAGGACCACAGUACCAUGUAAUCUUGGAGAAUUUCUACCUAAUUUAGAAGAAGACGACAUGUUGAAUAAGAGCCUUGGUGUAAACGACUCUCCAUCUGAUUUGACAAGAUGAAGCAGUACCCAGUUAAUUUGAUUAUGAUACACUUAAAUCGAAGCUAUGUCACAGGAUAGAAACUGAUUUACAACUUAAAUACACGUUAGAAGUGUAGCACUCUUUCAAGGUCUAAAAAAUCCUUAAUGCCUUUUAGCUUCCUGUAAUGUUUUUAGGUAAGGAAAGUAUGUUUGGGUUUUUUCUAUUUGUAGCGAUAUGGGAUUUAAAUGUAAAGUAUUUUGAAAGCAAAUAUCAAGUUUUGGGAAGCCAUUCUGAUUUCUUGAAUACUCUUGUAAGCAUUAAGUAAAUGAUAAAAGUAGUUUAAUUUAUUGUGCUAAAAUUUCAGGUAAUUAACAUAAGGAUGAGUACUGUUUGCUAUACUUUCACUAAGUGGUUAAUAUUAUAGCCAUUGAAUAUACUGAACUUUCAUUUUAGAAAAAUAUAUAACUUCUAUUGUUUCUUUUUGGAACAUUCUGGUACUAACCAAAAAAAGUAAGAAAAGUAGUACCUUGGGAUGUGUAGUCAAGAUGACAGAUUUUAAGACUGGGAAAGCUGUAAACAGGCUUGAUGAUUAUCCAAGUAGAUUGUUCCUGAGAAAUGAUGUUUGAUGGAAUAAAGUGCAUGUGAUGAUAAGUGAAGACUGGGGCAGAAUGAUUUAAAAAAAGAAAAAAGAUGGAAGAAGAUGACUAGCCACUUUUAAGGAACACUGUCAAACUAUAAAUCCAUUCAGUGGA